AUGUCGGUGACUGUUCAUGAGAAUCGGAAAUCCCGCACCAGCACGGGGUCCAUGAACAUUUCACUGUUCCACAAGCCUUCCCACCCUGACAGUGUCUUGACUCAUCUAAACACAAUGAGGAAACAGAGUAUGUUCACAGAUAUCACGCUGUGGGCUGGGGACCACUCCUUUCAGUGUCACAGAGCAGUAUUGGCAGCUUGCAGCCGUUACUUUGAAGCCAUGUUCAGUGGAGGGCUACGGGAAAGUAUGGACAGAGAAGUCAAUUUUAGAGACAGUAUACACCCAGAGGUCUUGGAGCUUUUGCUGGAUUAUGCGUAUUCAUCUCGAGUUAUAAUAAAUGAGGAGAACGCGGAGUCAUUGUUGGAGGCAGCAGACAUGUUGCAGUUUCACGACAUCCGGGAUGCUGCAGCAGAAUUUUUAGAAAAAAACCUCCAUUCUUCAAACUGUUUAGGGAUGAUGCUUUUAUCAGAUGCCCAUCAGUGUAAAAGACUGUACGAGCUCUCUUGGAGGAUGUGCUUACUACACUAUGAAACGAUACGUGAUUCUGAGGACUUCUAUAGUUUGACAAAAGAAAAGCUGCUGGAGCUUGUGCUUAGUGAUGAGCUGGAGAUAGAAGAUGAACAGGUUGUCUUUAACUCUGUAAUGAGAUGGGUUCGAAAUGACGUGGAUAAUCGUCGUCACCAUUUACCAGAGCUGCUUGGGGCUAUAAGGUUGGCUCUCCUCCCAUCUGAAUAUCUCCUGGAGGCUGUCGCAUGUGAAGAACUAGUAAUGGCUGACAAGAGGAGCAGAGUAAUUGUAGAAGAGGCAAUGCAAUGUAAAAAAAGAAUUCUUCAAAAUGACGGAGUUGUGACAAGUCCCUGUGCUCGACCACGCAAGGCAGGGCACACACUGCUUAUAUUGGGAGGCCAAACAUUUAUGUGUGACAAAAUAUAUCAGGUUGACCACAAAGCCAAGGAGAUCAUACCAAAGGCAGACCUUCCUAGUCCAAGAAAAGAAUUCAGUGCAUGUGCCAUUGGCUGUAAGGUAUAUGUAACUGGAGGAAGAGGGUCAGAAAACGGAGUGUCAAAAGAUGUCUGGAUCUAUGAUACAGUUCAUGAAGAAUGGUCGAAAGGGGCACCCAUGCUUAUAGCAAGAUUCGGGCAUGGUUCAGCUGAAUUGGAGAACAGCUUGUAUGUUGUUGGAGGUCACACAGCUAUUGCUUUUGUUUAUCCAGCCUCUCCAUCAGUUUCUUUAAAACAGGUUGAGCGUUAUGACCCCGUCAGUAACAAGUGGUCUAUGAUGGCUCCCUUAAGAGAUGGUGUCAGUAAUGCAGCAGUGGUCAGCGCCAAAUUAAAACUAUUUGUUUUUGGGGGAACCAGUAUACACAGAGAGAAAGCCUCUAAGGUGCAAUGCUAUGACCCGGUCGGGAACCGCUGGAAUAUUGCUGCUGAAUGUCCACAACCUUGGCGCUACACCGCAGCUGCAGUUCUGGGGAGUCAGAUUUUCAUCAUGGGCGGUGACACAGAAUUUACAGCUGCCUCUGCUUAUCGCUUUGACUGUGAAACCAAUCAGUGGAGUCGUGUGGGUGACAUGACAUCCAAAAGGAUGAGCUGCCAUGCUGUGGCCUCAGGAAAUAAGCUGUAUGUGGUUGGUGGUUACUUUGGGACACAAAGGUGUAAAACGUUGGAUUGUUAUGAUCCAACUUCUGACUGCUGGAACUCAAUCACCACUGUGCCUUAUUCACUAAUCCCCACCGCCUUUGUCAGCACAUGGAAACACCUACCUGCCUAA